GGUAGAAAGUAUGAAGUCUCCACCCUAGAUCCGCCCAGGGAAGGGCAGUGAGACCCAAAGCGGGAAGGUCUGAGUCUGAGGAGUCAUGACGCGUGCCCGGGACCUUAUCUUGAGGGCUCUAGAAGACCUGGAAAAUGAUGACUUUAAGAAGUUCAAACUAAAACUGCGGACGCUGAAGCUGCGGGAGGGCUUCAACGCCAUCCCCCGAGGGAUCUUGGAGAAUCUGGACCGCGUAGACCUCACUGACAAGAUCGUCUGUUGCUACCUGGAGGACUACGGGCUGGUGCUGACCGCAGAAGUGCUCCAGGAAAUAGGCAUGCGGGAGGAGGCAGUCAAACUCCUGGAAACUGGGUCUCACCUAGCUGGAAAUGCAGCCCAGCCCAGACAACAUUCAUCUGCAACAUCCACUGUAUUAGGAAUACAUUUUGUGGAAAAGCAUCGGACCAGCCUCAUCAAUCGUGUAACCUCAGUGGAUGCAAUCCUAGACCGCUUGCAUGGGAGUGUUCUGAGCCAGGAGCAGUAUGAUGCAGUCAGGGCUGAGAACACCCAUCAGAACAAGAUGAGGAAGCUCCUUGGCUUCAUGGUAGCCUGGGAUAAAUCAUGUAAAGACCAGCUUUUAGAAGCCUUGAAGGAUCUCCACCCUUACCUGGUGCAAGAGUUGGAGAGAAACUGAGGGGCUCCUCAAGGUACCCUCUAACAAUUGUACCUAACAACUCAACACUGAUGUCUGGCUCUCAAGGCCCCUACAAAUUGCCUUUUUAAAAAGUCAAAUAAAACUAUGAAAACUGA